AUGCCUGCUCAUUCAACACUGCCGCCGCACGGGUGCAUCGGCCUACCUUCUGCAUCCGAAUCGCUUGAAUCCGCCACACCACAAAUGCAUCAACUUGCCUCUGAGAUCCAUUACGCCCUGCAAAACCGUCCGUCUCAAGACAUAUCGCAGGAGGAGUCUGAUGCCUGGGAAAAGAAAUUUGUCCAUCGAAGCUCCCUCUCGACUCUACCUUGUUCGGCCCUCGGAGCAUUCUACGAAUGGGAGAAGGCGCAUUUUGAGAACACCCACCCAUCCAUUCAAAAUAUCAUUCCGGUGCAGGAUAAGGAACCGCUCCCUGAGAAGUACGUAACCUAUGCGGACGGGAUGCAGUUAGCUGGCAACGACCAAGGGAACAUCAAACUUCUCUUGUUGGAAGAGGUUGUGGAUCAGUGGUUUCUUCCAGUUGAUGCAAUGGCCGGCGUUGAGGAGCAGGUGUACUCCACAUCAUCUGGCCGGAUGCGGCGGCGUCGCGAAUCGGCCAAUCCUGAACGGCCGAAUCAGCAAGCGAAACAACGGGUGCUUGGGCAGGCGCGCAAGGUGUCCGGCUCACGGAAGAAAGCCGUGAGGAAAUCGAGGGAAAACAAAUUUGUUCCUCCACGGCCGUCUUGUCCUCCCCCUGCUGAAUCUGUCGACGGCGAGUGGGCAGUGGUAGAAAUGCCGGAGAAGGAUGGAGGGGCUCGCCUCUGGUGCAAGCAUAUCGCGCCUUUGAGUUCGGAGUCGCAAUUACCAAUCACAGCCGUUCCGGGAAGUUCGUCCGCGUUCCCAAAGCGCUUCGACAAAUCAAGGGCCGUGACGGAAUACUGUCUCGGCCUCGAUAAUCCUGCGUUACUUCGCCCGUAUCCGGCCGCUUCUUCCCCAGAUGUUUUGGCAUCGGCCGACGAUGAAGAAGUCCCAUGGGAAGAGAUACGGCAAGAGUAUAUCGCUGCGGGUGUCGGCGGGCAGUUUGUGCAAGGCCCAUUGGAAGGAGAGGAUCCCAUGGGGCAACUCAAGAAUUUCGAUAUGAAGACUGUUGUUAGUCCCGCAUACGAAGAGCCCCUCGCCGUGUUUCAAGAGGACGCAGCAAAGGAAGCAAUGGAUGCAUCUACCGACACGCAAGGAUUUUCGUCCGAGUUUAUGCUUAGCAAAGACACGGAACGUGUUCACAAGACAGUCGAAGCAGAGGAUGCGGCCGAGCCGUAUCAAAGAAGGGGGGUCAAUCCCCGUUUGAGGGCCAACGCCGGUGUCAAGACUAGUCCAGGUGCCGCUUCUCCAUCGGGCCGAAAUGUACGACAGCCCGAAAAGCGAAGGGCAAAGCGAAGGCGACGCCAGGCAAUAUUCUCUCCCUUUGGAGGAUUUCCGCCGUCCGGACGUCGCCGGCCCUUCGAAGAUGGCAGGCAAGAAGCGGCCGAAUAUCUCUUCGGCGCUGGUCGCAGGUCAUCAUCAACAGGGGUAUCUCGCGCCCGGCCGGGUGAUAAUGCUGUCCCUUCCGAGUCAACCGAACGAGGGAAGAAUCGGAACGUCGGCGGAAAUAUCCAGGAAAACAUAGUUUCCCCUCCACCUGGUGGAUCAGUGGAGCAUUUUUCGCUUGCACCCAAACCAGAGCCUGUUCUUGAUGCGAUUGCCCCUCAUCUUGCCAGGGGCCGUCGGAUGCUCUCUGAGAAGGUUGAAGAGGCGAUCCGGCUUUCCAAACAAGCCGCUGCUGAAUCUCACACCGGCACCGAGCAGAUUGCUGAACUCCGCAGUCAGCUUCUCGCAACGCGGUCAAAAUUGGAGACGCUGCAACAGCAAGUCGCUGAACAAGCCACUAAGUCCGAAGCCAUGGAAGCGUCAACUGCCGUCCUGACGAGAGAGGUGGCAACAGUAGCAAAAGCCGUCGUCGCUAACGACCAAGCGUCUCAGGCCAAAUGGCGUCUCUUCGGCGGGUUCUUGAAGCCUCGCAAGAAACCGACCAAAGUCAGGAUCAAAGGUUAUCGGCACUGA